AUGCUAGGUGCGUUUAGAGCUGUCGCUCCCCGCGCCCGCGCCAAUAGAGCUCUCCAUAGUAAACUUGCCUCGAUUUCCAGUACCAGAGUUGCUUCCCUUUCUGCCCUUUCAAAAACAUCCAUGGGUAAAUUCGCCCGUGGGUACGCCACCGACUCCUUCUUGCAGCUGAACAAUAGCAAUUACGUCGAGGAGAUGUACGAGGCCUGGCGCCAGGACCCCAACAGCGUGCACGUUUCGUGGAACGCAUACUUCAAGAACUUGGACGCCGGCCAGGCUCCAGCUGCUGCGUUCACUGCUCCACCUACGCUUGUUCCUACUGUUGCCGGCGGUGCUGGCGUCGGGUUCAUUCCUGGCGCUGCUCCCCACAGCGAGGACGUGGUGACCCACUUGAAGGUGCAGCUUUUGGUGCGUGCGUACCAGGUGAGAGGCCACCAGAAGGCGCAGAUCGAUCCAUUGGGCAUUUCGUUCGGUGCCAGCAACCAGUCCAUUCCCGCGGAGUUGACCUUGGACCACUAUGGCUUCACCGACGCCGACUUGAACAAGCAGAUCACUCUUGGUCCCGGUAUCUUGCCCCGCUUCGCGGACGGCAAGAAAACCAUGUCUUUGAAGGAGAUUGUCGACACCUGCGAGAAGUUGUACUGUUCCUCGUACGGUGUGGAGUACAUCCACAUCCCCUCCAAGGCCCAGUGUGACUGGUUGCGUGAGAGAAUCGAGAUUCCUCAGCCUUUUAAAUAUUCCGUAGAUGAGAAGAGACAGAUCUUGGACAGAUUGAUCUGGGCCUGCUCCUUCGAGUCCUUCUUGGCCACCAAGUUCCCCAACGACAAGAGAUUCGGUCUCGAGGGUGCUGAGGCCAUCAUUCCAGGUAUGAAGUCCAUGAUCGACACCUCGGUCGAGUACGGCGUUGAGGACGUGGUCAUCGGUAUGCCCCACAGAGGUAGAUUGAACAUGUUGUCCAACGUGGUGCGUAAACCCAACGAGUCCAUUUUCUUCGAGUUCACUGGCUCCAAGGAGUUCGACGAGGGAAGCGGUGACGUCAAGUACCAUUUGGGUAUGAACUACAAGAGACCAACCACCUCCGGUAAACACGUCAACUUGUCUCUUGUUGCCAACCCUUCGCAUUUGGAGGCCGAGGAUGGUGUUGUUUUGGGUAAGACCAGAGCCAUCCAACAAUACAAGAACGACAUUGGCGAGUUCUCCAAGGCCAUGUCCAUCUUGUUGCACGGUGACGCUGCCUUCUCCGCCCAGGGUGUUGUCUACGAGACCAUGGGUUUCGCCAACUUGCCUGCCUACUCUACCGGCGGUACUGUCCACAUCAUCAUCAACAACCAGAUUGGUUUCACCACUGACCCACGUUUCGCCAGAUCCACCUUGUACCCAUCUGACAUUGCCAAGUCUAUCAACGCUCCUAUCUUCCACGUCAACGCUGAUGACAUUGAGGCUGUCACCUUCAUCUUCAACUUGGCUGCCGAGUGGAGAGCCACCUUCCACUCCGACGUCAUCAUCGACGUUGUUGGUUACAGAAAGCACGGUCACAACGAGACCGAUCAACCUGCAUUCACCCAACCUCUCAUGUACGAGAAGAUCUCGGACAAGAAGUCUGUCUUGGAGUACUACACCAAGCAAUUGUUGGACGAGAAGACCUUCACUGCUGAGGACAUCAGCGAGCACAAGAAGUGGGUCUGGAACCUUUUGGAGGAGUCUUUCGGCAAAUCUAAGGAGUACCAACCAACCUCCAGAGAGUGGUUGACCACCCCAUGGGAGGACUUUAAGUCUCCUAAGGAGUUGGCCACCGAGAUCUUGCCCCACCUUCCGACCGCUGUCGAGGAGUCUACCUUGAAGAAGAUCGGAGAUGAGAUUUCCCAAGCUCCAAAGGGCUUCGAGGUUCACAGAAACUUGAAGCGUAUCUUGAACAACAGAAAGAAGACUGUUGAGACCGGUGACGGUAUUGACUGGGCUACUGGUGAAGCUUUGGCUUUCGGUUCGCUUUUGUUGGAGGGCUACCACGUCAGAGUUUCCGGACAAGAUGUUGAGAGAGGUACUUUCUCUCAACGUCACGCCGUCUUGCACGACCAACAAUCCGAGAAAAUUUACACCCCAUUGAAGCACUUGUCUGAGGACCAAGGUGCUUUUGACAUCUCCAACUCCUCUUUGUCCGAGUACGGUGUCAUGGGUUUCGAGUACGGUUACUCUUUGUUCUCCCCAGAUGCUUUGGUGCAAUGGGAGGCUCAAUUCGGUGACUUCGCCAACACUGCUCAAGUCAUCAUUGACCAGUUCAUCGCCGCUGCUGAGAGUAAGUGGAAGCAAAGAUCUGGUAUGGUCUUGUCCUUGCCUCACGGUUACGACGGUCAGGGACCAGAGCACUCCAGUGGUAGAAUCGAGAGAUACUUGCAAAUGUGUAACGAGGACCCUCGUUACUUCCCAUCUCCAGAGAAGCUUGAGAGACAGCACCAAGACUGUAACAUGCAAAUCGCCUACCCAACCACCCCAGCCAACUUGUUCCAUUUGUUGAGACGUCAAAUGCACAGACAGUUCAGAAAGCCAUUGGUUCUUUUCUUCUCCAAGCAAUUGUUGAGACACCCAUUGGCCAGAUCUGAGUUGACUGAGUUCACCGGCGACUCCCACUUCGGUUGGAUCAUCGAGGACCGCGAGUUGGGCAAGUCCAUUCACAACAAGGAGGAGAUCAAGCGUAUUGUCUUCUGUACUGGUCAAGUUUACACCGCCUUGCACAAGAAGCGUGCUUCCUUGGAAGACAAGACCACUGCAUUCAUCAAGGUUGAACAAUUGAACCCAUUCCCAUUCGCACAAAUCCGUGACGCCUUGGACAGCUAUCCUGCUGUGGAGGACCUUGUCUGGUGUCAAGAGGAGCCAUUGAACAUGGGUGCUUACAGUUUCGUUGCCCCACGUCUUGCUACUACCCUUGCUAACACCGAGAACUACAAGGACGCCACUGUCCGUUACGCUGGUAGAGACCCAUCUGCUUCUGUUGCUGCUGGUUCCAAGACCAUGCACAAUGUCGAGGAGGAGUCUUUCUUGAAGGAUGUCUUCCAAGAAAACUAA